AACUUUUCACUCAGAGGCCCAUUUUCCCAAUCAUUCCCCCACAAAAAGUAGCCGCACUUGGCUACCAUCCUAAUUCCGCCAUCCAUGCUUCCUUCUCGAGCUACUCGUAUUUUUCCUAGGACCGCCACCUCCUCGACCUCUGUCGCUCACGUCUUGACGCUUGUCCACAAUGAGUAUCUCCAACAGCUUGGAGCAACGACUGCUGUUCGCAGGAUUAGUGGCGCACCUUCAAGAGUAUUUUCAAAAGUGUCACAAACUCUGGUGGCCAAAUCUCAACCAGUACAUUUAUGCGCAACGUGCGCCCCUCAGCGCUGGCCGGUCGCAGCCAGAGAAGGAAGUUUGACUCAAUUAGAAAAUAGAGGAUUAUCCCAGAUGAUACGGUCUUCGGCACACACCCAGUCAAUACGGUCGUAUUCGAGUAGCGCUGUCCAACAUGUCGACGACACCCAUCUUUAUAACUCCUUCUCUACCCCAAUUUCAUCUAAAGAGGCCCAUACAGGUGAUCAACGAGAACGUCAGAGAUACAAACACUCUCAAGUUCUAUCGGUGCACAACCAGUUCAUCAACCCAGUCUUCCCUCCAUCUCCCGAAUUUUGUAUUCCUGCCAAGCUAUAUCAGAAGCUUCUCCAUAAAGAAUUCAAGUCUGCCUCCGAUUUCAUACAAGAAUUCAACAUGUUGGUGCCGGAGCCUUUGGCGUUCAAGAAGCUUGGCUCAAUAUCCAACCUUGCCUGGAUUUUUGAGUUAUUCCGUCAAACGGCCAAUGCAAAUGAAUGGGUAUGGCUGGCAAGUGGCUUAGAGCAGUUGUUGGAUUUGGAUACCAUUGGUGAUAGCAACCAGAAGGCGAUGCCCAUGGUGGCUGCGGCUGUUAGGGCUUUUGCGGUAUCGCGGCUUGGAGGGUCCAGUGCCGAGGUCGAGGAGAUCUUGCAAAAAGGAAGGAGCCUAACUUUCACUUUGAUCACUCAUUCUCUAGGUCACGCUAUCGCGUCACUGGCCUAUGUACAAGUUGAGGAAUGGGAUAAGGCAAGGAAAGAAAUGGUCACUGGUCUGGCGAGGAUUAUCACUCGAAUCACCACUCACAAUGGUCAAGUAGACGCUUAUCCCAAAUACGACUAUUGCUACCUCAAACUGUACGAAGGAGCUGUUCUCGCCGCCGACCGCAAUCACGAUCUUGUCGACUUUCUUCGUAUCUGCCCCACCAGUUUCCGCCACCAGCUCAUCCAGAGCACCAAGCCAAUGCAUCGGUUCUACGAUAAUGUAGCGAGGAUCUUUUUCAGGGCGCUUACUCGAGUGAAUAACCCGAUCCAGUGGUGGAGCGAAGAGUAUAGUCAACAUCCGACGGCAAGGACGAGGUGGUUAGGGACUUUGAUGUUUGUCGGUCUUUCACAAGAUCGAAGCCGACUACAAGAUGCGUUGGAUCUUCAUCAGGUCCUUGCGGACAGAGGGAUCACAGUUCCAGCUGAUGCUGCCAUCUUUUUAUGCGAACAGCUGGCUGUCACCAGACACGAGAAUGCCAAGGAAACUCUUCAACGCAUGAAGACUCUUCACAGCCCCCUUAGCCGCUCAGCUCAACGACGAAUAUUGUCUUUCGCGGGCCGGGUGGGCUGGAUGGAAGAAGAAGCGGCUGCUUGGCAUGUCCUUUCGACAGAGUGGGAGGCGUCGUGGCAUGAUCGUGUCGAACUGGCCAAGAUUUAUGCAGAAAGAGGUAAAGUGGAGGAGACCAUUGGUGUUCUUAAAGAACGCGUGGGCGAACACUGGACCAACAACCCUCUUGCGCUCGAAAUCCUCUUUAUGACUCAUAUCGCUGCCAACGAAGCUGAGGAAGCCAAGUCGGUGCUCGAUCGUAUGACCGCAUUGCGCGGGCCGUCAAUGUACGCUUACAACGCCUUGCUGAAACUCUAUGCCGGCCAGGUCAAUGUCAAUUCUGCCGUCAGCACAUUUGAUCACCUUGUUGAAUCUGGCCUAGUGCCUGACUUGUACACUUAUACGACUCUCAUUACCCUUUUUGCCAAACGUCGAGAUCCAGUGAAUGCGGAAAAUGUUUAUCGCGCCAUGAUCGAAGCUGGUGUCAAGCCUGAUCCCAUCGCUCAUGCCGCCAUGAUUAACGCAGAAGUUCAAGCUGGAAACUGGGGACAAGCCGCCAAGCGCUGGGCAUCCCUUGAUCCACAGAUGAGAAUGACAGAUCCCGUAUUAUCGACAAUUAUCCAAGCUCUUGUUUGGUUACCUGCACCUACGGAAAGCGUGAUCAAAUUGUUCAGGCAGAUCAAGAAGCCAACGAGCAAUGGCUGGGCGUUGGUCCUCAUGUCUGCAUGUGACAGCGGGGAUAUGGAUCUCGCUAGGGAUCUUUACGAAGAGAUGGACAGUCUCUCUCGACAAUAUCACGGCCCUUCUCCUAACGUUUACCAUUUCUCAAUUCUUUUGCAUGGGUAUAUCCGGAUCGACGACGCUGCAAGCUCGAAAGCGGUGUACAACGAGAUGAUCAAGCGAGGUAUCUUGCCUUCGAGUGUCACGUAUGGUAUGAUUAUUCAAUCAUUCACCGAUGCAAGGGGUGAGCGAGCAUUGGAGCAAGCGCACGCUUUCGCCAUGUCUGUACACACCGAAGUCGCCAAAGGACAAAUUGCGGAUAUUGGUGCGGACAGAGCGCUCAUCAACCAGAACAUUUUCUCGCCCUUGGUCCGUGCGCAUGGAGAGCUACAGAGAUGGGAAGAGGCGCAGAAUUACUUUGAUUUGGCCGAUUCUGAUGGGCAAAGCGGCCCGAGACAGAGGGUGCAGAUGUGGACGCAGUUGAUGGAUGUUCAUCGUCGAGCAGGAGAUGUCGAUAAAGUGCUGGAAGUUUGGGAGAAGAUAUACAACUAUGCGGUGGAAAAUGUGAACUUCAAGCCGUCAUGGGUGACCAGAGGUCGCGGCCAAGACUUGCCUGUACGCACCAACGAUUCGAUCCUGUGCAUCCCCCUCUCUAUUGCUCUUGACAGUCUAUCCUCAGCUGGGCGGUACAAGGAAGUGAGGAAGUUGUGGAAUGCUGUCGACACGGCCGGUUUCGGCUUUGACGCGGAGAAUUAUAAUCAUCUUACUGUUGCCUUGAUCAGGGUCGGAGAUGUGGAAGGCGGGUUCAGGGUGGCGGAGAUGGUGCUUAUGAGGCGGUAUGCGAGAUAUCGUUUCAGACGUAGAGAGGCAAUGAGGGAAAAGAGAGAACCAAUGGAAGAGAUGGAUAAGAGCAGAGAAGAGGAUGAGGAGUGGGAUUUGGUGGUGGAUGAAUUUGAGGGCAAGAAGGAUGAGUAUGCUGAGGAAGAAGGACAGGACGAGUUGGAAAAAGAGCUGUUAAGUCUGCAGGUCCAACCUGUGUUUGGUCCCCCCAAUAGGCGACACAAAUACAACCUCUCGUCUCCCUUCCCUCCUCCCAUGGAAUCCUCCAAUCUUCCUUCUGCUGAACGUUCAGUGGUGGAAAAAGCCGAAACCACUUCUCAAGCGGAAACCCUCUUGAACCGCUGGAGACCAAGUGACGCGCUUUGGAAACCAUCCAUCAUCACAAUUUCUGUCAUCGACCACGCGUUGCAGCAGUUGGAAGAGAUGAAAACAAGACGAGUUUGGAUUCCCCUCUCUCGGGAAGAGCAAGCAGAAGCAGAAGCCAAAAUUGCGUCGGAAGAAGAUCCUUCCCGACCCGUGUACACUUAUCGUACGCUCUGCCCAUGCCCUACCGACAAACCCCUGCACCAAAGCGAGCAAAACGACUUUUCAUCUUCUUCUUUGUCUUCAUCCGAGUUUGGCCUUGAUUCUGAGUCUGAGUUCAAUUUCACCUCUUCAAAGAACCAAGACCCGAACCAACCAGUGCAAAAAGGUGUUUAUGGCAUUGUUCUGCCCAUCUUUGGGAACAUUCCAGUCCGCCAUUUCCGAACGCAACGUAUCCUUGAGAUGACCCCCGGCUCAUUUGCGCUCUCGUUGAGGAGGAAAUACAGCCGGUUGGCGGAUUUGAUCAUGUUUCAUAGGAAGAAGAGAGCUGGUGCGAGAAUGAAUGAUACGAAGGGGGAGGUGUACAAGGAUUAGACAGUGAGAUUCAAGAAGGGUUAGGAAAAGAUGGGAUGAGAUCUUGGUGUUUGGGUUUUAUGAUUUCUUAUUAAUGUAGUAGGCGGAAAGAGAAGUUUCUGUAAGAACUUAAUUGUUGUAUGAUCAGUUCAGAAAAGUCGCUCCAUUAGUCAGUCAAUCAAAUGGAAGGAAUGCAGGACGCAAAACGUGAAAGAGAUGGAACGGACCAACAAUAACGGCAUGGGGGAAGGGUUACUGCAUACUCAUUCCUUUCUGAACCAAGAAGAAUAACUAUAGAAAUGAGGAUGUUUACCACUACGUUGAUCGUUGUUCGAAUAGUGGUUGGUGAUAGUGGUGGUAGAGGCAUUCAAAUUUAUACCCAGCAUUCCAUGUUAUCGCAUUAUCUAUCGCAUUAGUCACCCAUUCAUCCUAGAUAUUCUCACGUCUCGUAUUUUUGGGAAUAUUCAUGUAUUAUGAUUUCCUAUCUUCGAUUAUUUCUGUUUCCUUCAGUGUCUGCUGGAUGUGAAUGGG